AUGGGUCGGUCCCGCAACACUCACAGCACAAUCUUCAUAUUAGGUCUCAGCUGCACCAUCCAAACACAUGUGCAGGAAGCGAGGGAGGUGAAUGACAUGUCUGUGGUCAUCAGCAGCCUGUACUUCAUGGUGGUCUACAGGGGGAGCAGCAUCAACAAAAGAGACACUGGAUGUAUCCUCAAACUGUUCCUUAAAGCUGGUUAUGUCAUCGACUACUUGGAAGAUGAUAUCAUUGUGCCAAAGGGCCUCCACAGAAGUUCAGUGAACAACCCCAGUUAUCUGUGGUCCCUGCCAGUGCCAUACUCUUUGGAUAGCAGUCUGGAGUUGAAUGCAAAAGGUGUAAUUAUGCAAGCCAUGGACCAAUUCAGACUAAAGUCGUGCAUUGACUUCAAAUCCUGGAACGACGAGAAGUACUACAUCUCAGUUCAAAAGCUGGGCGGGUGUUUUUCAUAUGUUGGACGGUAUUUUUCCAAUGGACAAGAUCUUUCCAUUGGAACGUACUGUGAUUCCAAAGCCAUUGUUGAACAUGAGUUUCUCCAUGCUCUUGGCUUCUUCCAUGAACAGUCCAGAUAUGACCGAGAUGAAUAUGUCACAAUUGAAUUCCAAAAUAUCAUUAAAAGUUAUGAAAAUAACUUUGAAAAGCAGAGCGAAAAGUACAGCACCACUCAUGGAGUUCCUUAUGACUAUAUGUCGGUGAUGCACUACGGACCUAAUGCAUUCAGCAAUGGGAACGGCUCUACAAUCACAACCAAAGACCCAGCGUUUCAGGACGUUAUUGGUCAGAGGUUGGAAAUGAGUCCUAGUGAUGUGAAGGAGCUCAAUCUUCUCUACAAAUGCAACUCGAGCGUGGCCUUCCAAAUGCACUGCAGCUUCUCUAAUAGGUCCACAUGCCAAAUGAGUCGCUGUUCUCAAAGUAGUAAGGGCUGGGAGAAUGUAACAUCAGCUCCAGGAGGUCCUGCCACUGACCACACCAAUCUGAUGAGUAACACCAAAAUGCAGGAUAAGGUUCCAAGUAGCUUCAUGUAUGCAAGUACAGCCUUUGGUCUUGAAGGUGAUUCGGCCUGGCUCGAGACCAACAGGAUGACCCCCAAUAGGUCAUGUCAUGUCCAGUGUCUGCAGUUUUACUACUUUCACAGUGGACAUGAGUCUGACCAACUUAACAUCUGGAUCAGAGAGUUUCAAGAUGAGAACGACUUUACUGGUCAGAGCCGAAUGGUUGAACAGAUCACUGGUAAUAAAACUUCUCAUUGGCAGUACCACUAUGUUUCUAUCAGUGCAACAAGGUCCUUCCAGGUGGAGUUUGAAGUUCGAAAAGGAGCAGGGAGUUCUACGGGUGGCAUCUCAAUUGACGACAUCAACCUAUCAGAGUUGACGUGUCCUCAUGUUGCCAUCCAGGUUGACGAUUUUGAGAGUGUUUUAGAGUCUAGUGAUUACAACAGUAUCAUUUAUAGCAAAACUCAGUACACAGAAGAUGGUUAUGCUUUUAGAGUGGCAAUCACACUCUACAAAAUCUAUUUUGGAUUGCUGAUUCAACUGGUGGAAGGCAAAAAUGAUGACAAACUUCAGUGGCCACUCCUGAAUAGACAAGUGACUUUUCAAAUGGUAGACCAAAAUCCCAACAUUAAACUCCAAAUGUCCAAGCAGAAAAGCAUCACCGGUGAUAUCAACCAGAACAUUACUAACGGUGUCAACAUCUGGGACAAUCCCCGAAAAUUUGCAGAGAAAGUUGUAGACGAGAAUGGUCAAGAGAUCUUCGUUGGUCCAAAGAUUGGCAGAGCAAAUUUUGCGACUUUGGAAAGCAUCAAACAGACAGAUUUCCUCAAGGGGGGGAGUGCAGUUUUUGCCUUCACUUUCCAAGACAUAACUGCUCUCAUCAAAGGAAAUUCUCUGCCAUGUUCCCCCCCACCAACAGCGACUCAGCUAUCAAAAACUGAAGAAAGGGGGCCAUGUUCAUCCAGAUCCCAAACCACCACCCCUGCGCCACCACCAACAACUCUUGAAACAACACCUCCUAAAGCAACUACUGGAACAUCAUCAACAUUUGAAAAACCUGAAAACCACCCUUCCACCAACUACAACUACAGCAGUAACGACAACAUCACCUGA